AAGACAUUUCUGCUGAUGAGCAGCUCCUCUCCCAGUUCAUCAGGGCUAAGGGCGCUGCCUGCAGGGUCCCCGUGCCGUCCCCGGUUCGGCCAGGACAGAGGUCGCUCCGGUGCCACCUCCGCCCUCCGGGUGCCACCUCCGCCCCCUUUAAACCCCGGGGAUUGUCCCCAGGUGUCUCCAAGCGCCACCAUGGCUCCCGUCCUGGUGGUCUUGCUGGCCCUGGUGGCGCUGCUGUCACUGCUGUCGCGACAUCGCGCGACCGCCGCACGGCUCCCGCCGGGCCCUCCUCCGCUGCCGCUGCUCGGGAACCUCCUGCAGGUGUCCCCGUUCCGCACGCUUCGGUCCCUGCUCAAGCUAAGUGACCAGUAUGGCCCAGUGUUCACGGUGUGGCUGGGCUCCCGGCCAGUGCUGGUGUUGCGCGGGACUGAGGCUGUGCGCGAGGCUCUGGUGGGGCAGGCUGAGGCAUUUGCAGGGCGGGGGCGGAUGCCCACUCUGGAAAGCACCUUCAGGGGCUACGGGGUGGUUUUCUCGGACGGGGAGCGCUGGCGGCAGCUCCGCCGCUUCUCCCUGACAGUGCUCCGGGAUUUCGGGAUGGGCAAGAGGAGCAUCGAGAGCCGGAUACAGGAGGAGGCCCAGGAGCUUCUCCAGGAGUUCCAGAAAACCCAGGGGAAAGCCUUCGACCCCACGUUCCUGCUGAGCUGCGCCGUCUCCAACAUCAUCUGCUCCAUCGUUUUUGGGAGCCGCUUCGAUUACCACGAUCCUGAAUUUCUGGAGAUGAUGCAGCUGAUCAACAACAGCUUCCGGGAGAUGAGCACGCCCUGGAGCCAGCUCUACGACAUGGCCGAGUCAUUGCUGCGCUUCAUGCCGGGCCCACACCGUCGUAUCCCUCGGCUCCUCGCGAGGAUGAGGCGUUUCAUUGCCCGGCGUGUGCAGGACAAUGCCCGGACCCUCGACUCCCACAGCCCCCGCGACUUCAUCGAUGCCUUCCUCAUCCAGAUGGAGAAGGAAAAGGACAACCCCAACUCCGAAUUCACAAUGGAAAACCUGGAAUUGACCACCCUGAACCUUUUCUUUGCUGGCACUGAGACUGUGAGCUCCACCCUGCGCUUCGGCUUCCUCUACCUCAUGAGGCAUCCSCACAUCGAGGAGAAGGUUUUCAAGGAGAUCUCGGCUGUUGUGGGGUCGGGCCGGGCUCCGGCCAUCGCUGACCGAUCCCAAAUGCCCUUCACGGAGGCCACGAUCCAYGAGAUCCAGCGCUGCAGCGACCUGAUCCCGAUGAAUGUCCCACACCGCGUGACCCGGGACACGGAAUUCCGGGGCUUCCUGAUCCCUAGAGGCACAGAUGUGUACCCCCUGCUCAGCUCGGUCCUAAACGAUGCCAAGUCCUUCAAAAACCCCCAAAACUUCGACCCUGGAAACUUUCUGGACGAGAAGGGCCAGUUCCAGCGCAACGAGGCCUUCUUGCCCUUCUCAGCCGGGAAACGGCUGUGCCUGGGGGAGGGGCUGGCGCGGAUGGAGCUGUUCCUGUUCUUCACCACGAUCCUACAGAACCUGCGGCUCCAACCCCUGGGACACCCCGAGGGGGUGCCCACGACCCCCCUGGAGAGUGGCUUUGCCAACAUUGCCCCCCGCUAUGAGCUGCGGAUGCUGCCCCGCUGAGACCCCUCUCCMAAUUCCCAAAAUUCCCUAAAAUUCCCCAAAAAUUCCCCAAAAUUCCCCAAAAUUCCUGAAAUUCCCCAAAAUUCCCAAUCGGAAUUGCCCCCACAACCAGCGCCCCUCCCCAAAAUCCCUGAAAUCUUGAAAUCCCCAACUGGAACCUCUCCCACUGCAAGCUGCGGAUGCUGCCCUGCUGAGACCCCUCUCAAAUUCCCUGAAAUGCCCUGAAAUUCCUGAAAUUCCCGAUCAGUACCCAGGAAUAGAGACCAGUCUYCAAAAUCCCUGUGUGAGAAAUGAAGCUCACUCUCCUGGUAGAAAUUGAAAAAUGUAGUAAGGGACAAUCGGGGACAAAGGCAAUAAUGCAAAAUUGGCAGCGCUGGGUGCUUUAGCCAUAAAGCUCCCCUGCUCACCAUGGCAAUACCCCUUACGUACCCUUUCUCUUGCAUCAGUCAAAAACCUAUUAAUAAAUGAUUAUACAGAUUCAAACAUUUCCCAGAGAUAGUUUGCAUGUUCCAGAAACUUUUAAGCACGGCCCCUCCUCUGAUCCGCCUGUUUAGAGUGUGUGCACUUGUGCUUGUGGUUUUGAGGGUCAUGUGUGUCCCCCUGUUCUGUGGACUCAGCAGAUGACACUUGAUGACAGUGGAAGUGUCUGUAGCAGGGUCUUUCAUGGGCUGUGACACCCCCCGGACUGUCUAUGUGGAUCAGCUCAUCCUGGGGUGCCAGGCCCCACAGAUGAGCUCCUUUGCACAGCAGAAGAUGGGCUGCCUCUGAUCAGAGGCUUGGCCUCUAAAUCCCCAAAGCCUCUCUCCCCGACACGUUUUGGUGUCAGGGUCUGUGCUGGUUAGGCAGCCAAGAGAUCUGGCAUGGUCCCCACCCCAAGGGUGCUCAGCUGUGAUCCCUCGGUGAAUGUGUUCUUCUUUCCAGCUCUGAGUAUCUUAUCUCUGAUCAGUGGGCAGUGAACAGUGCAGCCAGGGUCCCAUUCAGGGUUUUGAUGGUUUUCUCUGCAGCUUUCGUAUAGUUUUGCUAUAAUGUGCAAGAAGUUCUUCAUGGAAAUGCCUAAGUCACAAACUAUAAUCUUUCAGUUAUUUCAAGUUAACCACAAGUAACUCUAAAACUAAAUCAGCUGUUUUGAAACAAUAUCUGAGAUACUUUAAUUAUUGCCAGUUAGCCACAAAAAUAAAAGCAUUAGUGUUUUUUUACAACUA